AUGAUCGGCGGGGAGCAUGGCAGCACAGCGCCCACGCCCGCCCACCCGCCCCACGACCAGUCGUCCGCGCUGCGGAAGAGGAAGCGCCUCAGCCAGGUGGUGCUGGAGCUGACCUCGCAGGCCGAACGUCGCUCCCCCGAGGACAAGCCUCCGCGCCCCCCGCUCGCCCCCGCGGCGCCGGACCGCCCCGGCGCCCCCCCGCACGACACCGUCGCAACGGCCCGCCCCGCGACGCCAAGCCCCGCAGGACAGGCCCCCGACCAGCCCCCGAACGCCUUGCCCUCGCAGCCGCCGCAGGCCGACAAGGAGCCCAUGUUCAGCCGCCAGCCCGAGGAUGCGCCCCCGGGGCCCGGCCACGACCAGGGGAGGAGCCGGCCUCAGCCCCGGCCUCAGCCCCGGCCUCAGCCCCGUGCCGGGCCAUAG